UCAGUCAUACAUCGCUUGGCAUUAUGAAUUACAGAUACAAGUUUGCUGUGGUUGUAGCCACCGUUUGGGUGUUGAGCAUUUCGUUCCAUCGAAGGAUUGUUACGAUCCCUACAUUUGCGAAUUUCAUGAAAAUCUGUGAUACAAUGGAGCCGGAGGGUAAAACCAAAAGCAAAAUUACUCAGUUACAGGAGGAAGUAGAUAAAGUAUUCAACAAAUUUGACAGCAUGAUCCCCAAGAUUAUUUUUUCCCAUCUAGACAACACAACCAGUCCUCAGAAUAGCAGAGCCACAAUGAUCAACCCUAAAGAAAAAUACUGUGUUGGAGACUCCCUUAUUGUCCGUGUUGACAUGUUUGAUCACUUGGCCAAGAGGAAAUGCCAUGGAGGAGAUUUUCUAAUGGCAAGAAUAUAUUCUCCUGAUAUUCAAGCAAGUGCUUCUGGAAGGAUUGAAGAUUUAGGAAAUGGUUCCUACAACAUUAAUUUCACACUUUUUUGGCAAGGGACAGUACAUUUUUCAAUUCUUCUAAUCCAUCCCAGUGAAGGAGUCUCUGCCCUGUGGCAAGCUAGAAACAAAGGACAUGGUUAUGUAGCUUACACUGGUUAUUUUAUGAACCAUGGAAAGGAAGCCAAGACGAAAUGCAGUUUUGACCUAAACAAAACACUUGAAUUGUGUGAUUAUUCUGAUCUCAAAGAAGAGGAAUAUUUCUACUGUGUGAAACCAGAAAACAUUUCUUGUGGAUCCCUUGUGAAAAUGAAGAGUGUCUUUGUAGACACCCAUUCUUACUUAAGCAUUUUGGAAAAAGCUCUUUUUGACAGGUCCAAUAUGCGUAUUGAAAUACCAAAGACAUUUGAAAAAAUAUCCGUAUUCAAUUGUGGCAAUAUUAUAACAGAGAAGAAACAGAAAUGCAGCACAGGGAUUAAAUACCAAUUUCCUGGUGGAUAUAGUUAUCGGAACAUGUGGAAUCAUCUAGUUUGCAAUAUAUCAAGAUAUCGCACUAUGGAUGCUAUUAAUGAGUGUAUUAAAGGGAAAAUUAUAUACCUUACUGGAGAUUCCACUAUGCUUCAAUGGAUGACCUACCUCACCAGCAACGUCAACAGUUUAAAACCAUUUAAUCUAUAUGGGGAAAAUUGGCCAAUGACUCGUUUGUACAUCGACAUGGAGAGAAAUGCUAAAAUACAGUGGACCAAACAUGGUAACCCUUUUAUAAUGUUAGUGUUCCACACUUUCAAAGAAGAAUUCACUAUCCCCCAUCAAAUUGACCAGAUUGGAGGAAACAAGCACACAGUUGUUGCCCUUACAUUAGGCAUGCACUUCCGCCUUUUUCCUAUACAACAUUUUAUCCGCAGAGUGAUUAAUAUAAAAAGAGCAAUUGAACGUCUACUUCUUCGCAGUCCUGAGACUAAAGUUAUAAUCAAGACAGAGAAUACCAGUGAAAUGAAUGUGAGGGUGGAAAUGCUUAGUGACUUUCAUGGAUAUUUACACUACUUAAUCAUCAAUUAUAUUUUUCAGGAUAUCAAUGUUGGAGUGGUAGAUGCUUGGGACAUGACCAAUGCUUUUGCUAGUGAACAAAUCCACCCACCAACGGAAAUAAUAUCAAAUGAAAUUGAUCUGCUUCUAAGUUAUGCAUGCAUUUAGAAAACUGAUCUUACGUGCAGAUGUAAAAAAAAAAAACUAUUCACUAAGAUGCAGGGGAGGGCUGGUACCUUCUGGCCCAAGAGCAGAUACUUGCCCCUACAGUAAUUUACAUAUGCACUCGUUUUGAUAGUACCAUAAGAUACCAAGGAGAGGAACCUACUGUUUACUGUAAUGCUGUAAUACUGUGAUACUGAUUACAGUUUUUGACACUGUCUUUGAAAUCCUAACCUUCAUCCUG